AUGGAAAAUGAAACAAGGAUUUCAAUUCUGUGAUCUAUGCGGGUAACCUCACAAUGGGGCGAAAACAAAGUUCGACUGCAUCGAGAUGUGGUUCUUAUCGUUAAUUUGUUACUUGGCGCUAAUGGCGCAGGUGAUUUUCAUCACGAUAUCGAUAGCCGCGGGACUGUACUACUUAGCCGAAUUGGUAGAAGAAUACACGAGCUACGCGAAAAAGGUGAUUUGGUGGAUGAACGCGAGCGUCACUGUGUUAUAUGUACUUUUAUGGUUGCUGGAGAGUUUUCCGCAUACUUUAAUCAUAUGCGGCAUCCUCGCUCAAAUCGCACAUUUCGUGAUAUUAUCAAGCUUCCCGGUCGUGGCGGUGGCCUCACCGGCACUAAUACUCAGUGUGAUAUUAGUUUUCGUUAACCAUUACUUAGCAUUUAGUUAUUUUGCAUCAACAUACCACCCAUUCUCUGAGGUUAUAGCGUACUUUACAUUGUACCUGUGGCUGGUGCCGUUUGCUUUAUUCGUUUCAUUAUCAGCGAACGACAACGUAUUACCGACGAUCGCGGAAAGAACAGACGCCGACGUCGUUUCGAAUUAUUUAUCAAAACGAAGCAAAAAAUACGGUCUGUUGACCUUCUUCAACUACGCCAAAGAAUCCCUGUUGCCUAUAAGGGUGAAAAAAGGCUUCUAAAGGCCCUAAUUAUCAGCAACAUC